AAUAAAGUACUUCGUUAUAUUGUGAAAAACGAAACGAUAUUUUGAUUGCGGUUUUUUUAUUUACUUAGUAUGCCGUGUACGCUUGUUAUGUUCGUGUGAUGCAGCAACAGCGGGAAAAUGAAAUGGAUAAGCAGUUUAUGAAAGCCUGCGAGAAUGGUAAUUUGGACGAAAUUCUUACUAUAUUAUAUUAUCACGACAAUGGUCCGGUUAAGCUGCUUCAAACGGAUCCAAACACCUUGAAUCAUAUGCAUUACUUUCAUGCAGUGUGCCUUAAUGGUCACUGUGAUGUUUUAGAACAAUUGUUCAAUUUUAAUGUUGAUGUGAACAUGGACUCUCCAUAUGGUACGCCAUUAGCUGUUGCAUGUCAAGGUGGCCAUUUGAAGACUGUUGAACUUUUAAUACAACAUGGAGCUGUUGUAUUUGAUGGUAACUCAAAUCUGAUGCGAACACCAUUUUUUUCCGCUUGCAAGAAUGGUCAUUUGGAUGUUUUGACUUAUCUCAUUGAAAAAGAACCGAAUGCUCUGUUGACUUAUGGUCAGCAGCUGUUAGUUGAGGCAUGUCGUGAAGGGUUUUUGGAUAUUGUGGUGAUGUUAGUGUCACAGCACAUCAACAUAGACGGGGAAGAUCAUUGUCGUUCCCAAUCGUCCCAGGCGAUCUCCUUUGAUAUGCUAUUGGACACUCCUUUACAAGCAGCAUGUUCACAAAAUCAGGUUGAAAUCAUCAGAUAUUUAUUACAAGAAGGAGUUGAAGUGACUGUGAACAUUGUCCAGCAAUAUUAUGAAGCUCUUGGUGAGGCAUUACAAAGGAACUUUAAGGAGCAUUUUGGUAAAUAUCACAGAAAGCAAGAGAAAAACAUGAAAGUUUAUCAAGCUGAAUUUGUCAACGCAAUAUUUUAUGAAAUUCACAGCAGUUGGUUCACUGCUUACGGAGAAUGUCUGGUUAAACUUGAUCUCUCCAAGAACCAACUUGCAAACAUUCCCAAAGAAAUAAUAAACUUACCAGCACUUAAAGAAGUUGAUUUUUCGGAUAACAAUCUUUUUGAACUGCCCGAAGUAUACAAUCUGGAAGACUCAAGACUAGAGGACAUCCGUGCAAGUUCCAACCGUCUUCAAACAGUGCCAUUGUCAUAUUUUCAACUGAGGUUGUUGAUUCAUCUCAAUUUUUCCAGAAAUGAGAUUGUUUUCCUUUCGGGUGGACAUGGCACGGAUACAUUUGAAAUGGAUGAUUUUUGUCGUGAAGAAGUAACUUGGCAUUGUCACUUGUUGAAAUCAUUGAAUCUUAUGCACAACAAACUUAAAAUCCUCCCCGCUGCCAUUUCUGCUUUAACAAGUUUAGAGAUGCUUCAGCUGUGUGACAAUGAACUUUCUGACUUUCCCAUAAGCUGGCCAUGCCCAUUGCGUAUCCUGAACAUCGCACAGAAUCAAUUGACUGAUUUUAAGCAGUCCGUCUUUGCGAAUUGGUCGCAGACGCUUGUGGAUUUGAAUCUCAGUGCAAAUCAACUCACACAUAUAUCUUGGGAUAUCUGUCAAUUACAGAUGCUUCAGAUUUUGGAUUUGAGUCGCAAUUCUAUCGAAAAUAUGCCAGCAAAAGGAUUCUGGGCUUGCUCCAAUUUACGUAAAUUAAAUCUUUCAAAUAACAAGCUAUGUGGAGUGAAAGUGGAACGCAAGCAAACCAUUAGACGCUUCACAAUGUCCCGCUCUCCUACGGAGGAUGACGUAGAGAUUGAAGACGAGUUCCCGUAUGAGGUGUUUGGUGGCUCACUGGAGAUUUUGGAUCUGAGUUAUAACAAAUUGCUGGCUAUCCCUGACUCGUUGUGUAAGCUCACAUCACUAGAGGAUUUGAAUCUUUCAUGGAAUCGUAAAUUGAAAACGCUACCAGCAAAUUUGGGCAACCUCACCGAGUGUUUCCAACUUGGUUUGGAUGGUCUAAAUCUCAAUGGCAUACCCAAAUAUGUUAGAACAGGUCAGUACGCAUCUUCGAAGAGUAUACUAGCUUACUUGAGAGCAAAGCAAAGGAAGUCUGUAGUGUAUAACAGAAUGAAACUUAUGGUCAUUGGUCUUCAGGGCCGUGGAAAAACAACAUUACUUGCUGCGUUACGUAAUAGUAAUCGUCUUCCACCUAAUAUAUCUACUGUUGGUAUUGUUGUCAACGAAUGGAGCUUGAAUGGAAGUCAGUCCAUUCUCGGUAGAGUUGUGCAGCUUGGCAGACGAGAUCAGCCAUCAAUAACUUUCAGUACGUGGGAUCUCGCGGGACAACAAAUUUACUAUUCCACGCAUCAAUGUUUUCUUUCGUCCAACACACUUUAUCUUGCUGUGUGGAAUGUUUCUACUGGCGAAGAAGGAAUUGAGAAAUUAAAACCUUGGUUGCUUAAUGUACAGGCACGUGCUCCUGGCUCUCGGGUCAUCAUCGUGGGCACGCACAUCGAUCUGUUACCACAAUCAGGAAAAGAAAAGCGUCUUAAUGAUCUUCGCUUGGAAAUCAUCAAGAGAUAUGACAAGAAAGGUUAUCCUACCGUAAGAGAUUGUCUGAUGGUGUCCUGUACCACAGGGGAGUAUUUGCCUGACCUGCGGCAACGUAUCUAUCAAGUUGCCUUAGAACUGAAGGAAACAGAAUCUCAUGGGCCAGGCGAUUCGCUGAUUGGCCGAAAGAUUCCGUACAGUUAUCUAACUCUACAAGAUAACGUAAGAAAAGAAGCAGACCAACGUAGAAAGGAAAACAAACCACCAAUUUUGAACGAGGAAGAAAUGUUGGCUUUAGCAAAACGGGGUCCAAAUAACGACAUUUUAGAAAGAGACGAACUCAAGCUUGCUGCAAGAUUCCUUCAUGAAAAUGGUGUAAUAUUGCAUUACAAUGAUCGCUCGAGGGGUUUAGAUCAAUUGUACUUCAUUGAACCCGGUUGGCUGUGCGAGAUAAUGGCUUUACUGGUAACUGUGAAAGAGAACAAUAACUUCGUGAGAGGAGGCAUCAUUGAAAAGUCCAAUGUUGGUUUAUUGUUGAAAAAUCCUCGUUUGCCACCUCAGUUUAUGGAGCAGUACAUACAACUUAUGGAACGUUUCGAAGUCGCUUUGACCUUGGAUGAUAAUCGCCUAUUGGUUCCUUCGAUGCUACCACGUGACAAGCCUGGCCUGCACCUUGUUGAUCUCAGAAAAAUCUGGAGUGGUAAUUCGUCUUCUGCAUAUACUAACAGCGCAAUGAACACAGAAGAGGGAUGCUUCUCUCAAUACUUGCGCCGCGUGUACAAAAUGAAUUACGUGCCCAGCGGUUUCUGGAGUCGACUCAUCGCUCGACUUAUGAUCGCGGUGCAGCGUUGGGGAGCUGAAGAGGGUCUUAACGAUGGGUUGAUUUGCGCAGACGAUGGCAAAGAUGUUCGCUCUUCAACGCACUUUCGCCCAGUUCCCCAGGGUUACUCUAUGAUUUAUUGGCGCGAGGGACUGGGUGUAGUUUAUGAGGGUGGACAUCUCAUGGUCGAGUCGUAUUCAGAGAUGGAGAGAGAUGUACACAGUGGAUUACUAGAGGAUAAGGAGGGUGUUGUUGUGACAGUUUGGUCUGGCGAAAAAGACUUUUCCGUCUUGGGUUUUGUCACGGAUCAAAUAAACUCUCUUAUUUCUGAAUGGUAUCCAGGUUUAGAGGAAAGUGACAGGUAUGGUUGCCCUAUGGUUCAACACGUCAUUCCUUGUCCCAUUUGCGAGGAAAAUAAGAGCUCGCCGCUUAGGUGUCGUUCUGUCUCCGUACAAAACAUUCAAGAAUUAGUGGAAACACGAGCGCCAGAGUUCUCGCUUAUAGAAUGCGCUGCUGCUGCUGUCGAUCACACGGAAAUAGCAUGUCCUUAUCACGUGGAUAGGCCUGUGAAAUUAAGCAGUCUCGUGCCUGAUAUCAUGAUGUCCGACCUUCCUGAUGAGUUGGUCAUUGAUAACACGAUGUUUGUUUUCAAUCCAAGCGAUGAGAAUCGUUUGGGAAGCGGUGGGGCCGGAGAGGUUUUUCUUGGAAUGUAUAAAAAGGAGAAAGUUGCUGUGAAAAGAUUUCAUUCCACUCUGGAAUCCAGGUCAAGUGAUAGCGGUCUGGGACCUAGUCGCGUUUACGGUGGUCAACGAAACGGUAGUCGCCAUACGGAUGGCGGAAUUCCCCCAAACCGUAGUCGUGUUUUUACCGUUACUCCUACAAGUAUUGAGGAAGAUUUACAACGAACUAAAAUACUGUCUUCUUUUAUGGAGCUGCGUCAAGAGGUUUCCGUAUUGGGUCGUCUUAUCCACCCCUGUGUCGUCGCAUUGAUAGGUGUAUCAUUACGACCGCUGUGCAUGGUGCUUGAGUUGUCACCGUUGGGGAGCUUAUUCUCCAUCCUCGAAUCGAAAAUUGCGAAGAUCAAGUCUGAGAGACUUGAACAACGUUUGCCAGCUAUACACGAUACAAGGCAGCCGAUUUUUGAUCGUAAUCUCACUUAUAAACUUGUUUAUCAGGUCGCCCAUGCCUUGCAUUAUCUUCAUGCUUUGGGUAUCAUUUACCGGGAUCUUAAGUCCGAUAACCUCCUGGUUUGGUCUCUUGACGAGGAUGCUAUUGUUCAUGUCAAACUCUCUGAUUACGGCAUAUCACGAUUUUCAACCCCGCAAGGAAUGCUGGGUGAGGAAGGAACGCCUGGUUUCCAAGCUCCAGAAGUGCGCGCCGGUUCUGCUUACAACGAAAAGGUGGAUAUUUUCUCAUUCGCGAUGUUGAUUUACGAAAUUCUUUCCGGCCUGCGUCCGUUCUACGAAUGCAGGUGUACUGCUCAGAUAAAGAAAGCUUUAAGACGUGGUGAACGACCUUCCCUUCACAGAAACUUCAUCGAUACAGAAAUGCCCGAACUUGAGACAUUAAUGAACAAGUGUUGGAGAGAAUCCGCGGACAAUCGACCUUCAGCGGAAAGCAUUCUUAAUCUUAUGGAAGAUUCGUCGUUUUUAUGUCUUCAUCGCUCGUUACCGUAUGUUGACCAAAGAGCAUGGGAAAAUGUUACAGCACUUGUUCCUCUCGCUGAUGAGAAAUCGGUUGAAAACAUGACUUCUGGCAGUCAUUCUGUGUUGUUUUGGGGCGGCGAAGACAGUGAAAGAUAUUAUUCCGUCAUUGAUUGUAAGACUGGUUUAGAACAAGUGCCCCAGACUUCGUGCUUUGGUCCUCGUGUAGCGUCCUUAGCAAAAGUUGGCGAUCGAUUCUGGCUUGGGACAGAGGGAUCAGUUAUAGAAGUAUUUGGUCGACCUAAAGAAAAUAAAGAUUUGAAAAUUCUUUGGUCCAUAAAGCUCAACGCUCAAGUGUUAGGAAUCGAGGUGGAGCGCUUCGAGAGCAACCAGUCCUUAAACGUCAAUUCUUCGAAUUCAUCCUUAGAUGAAGUGCGACGAGUAUUUGCUUGCUUGGCCAAUGGCACGAUUGUAGCUAUAUCACGUGCUAAUUUACGUCAACAAGGCUCUUCUAGUUGCAGUUUCCAAUUUAAAGCGGAUGCAACCGAAAAGCUCCGAUUAGAAGCGACAAUUCUCUCGGUUUUGACCUACAUCAAGAUCGGUCCUACAGGAACUUCGGCUUGUUGUCUUCUCCUUGUGAAAGAUGGGAAAGAGUUAUGGGUUGGUUGUGGCAACAAGAUAGGAAUUGUUGAAACAGAUACUCUUGAAGUGGUGUACACGUUCCGGGCGUACUUUCCCGCGAGGUCUAAUGUCCGGUGUAUGAUAAGCAACGGUCCUACGGUGUUUACGAUGAAUAAGAAAACUCCGAGUGUUUUUCAGUGGGAUGUGGAAACACGACAGUGCGUUUGUAAGUUUUAUGUUGACGAAGGAAACCCACGUGACUUGAACGUUGCGCGCGUCAGUUGUGACGACAGAGAAGAUGACGCAACUGACGGUGACUUUGAAGAGGGUGUUAAGUUAGAUGACAGCAAUGACGACGACGAUAACACUCAAAAUGAAGUAUCAAUGGAUGGUUCAAGUGAGGAAAAAUCUUUUCUUCAUGUUGAUCUGAGUCGUCAUCAUAAACAGCCAUCAAUGAUGGGCUCUUUGAGGCGCACUAGUUCUAGAGAAUCCAGCAGACGAAAGAAGAAAAUCGCACAAGAAAAAUCUACUUCCUCAAGCAAAAACAAAGGUCGUCGUGAUGUUUUCAAAAUGCGUUCCCGCUCGCAGGUGAUGAGUAAGUACGAUCUCCGUGUCACGAGCAUUUUACUCGUUCGUGGUAAUCUAUGGAUAGGACGUGAACCUGGGGAUAUAGUGGUCGUUGAUGUAUCCAAUGAAAUAGGUACAACAGAGUACGGAAUGGUACGAGCUUUACUAUCGACGGGUAAGGAACGCGGGCGUUCCAUGAAAGGCGUACAUAAAAUGUUACAUGUAGGGAAUAAUAAGAUACUCAGUUGUUACAGUUUGUUGUGCAAACGUGCUCCUAACACUGCUAGUGCACGCAUGGCAUCUGCAGAUCGAACAAAUCGAUCUUUUAUUCAGACUAUUUCACCACAUCGCUAUCUAACACCUGUGUUUUCUUCCUCCUCCAACGAGGCGAAGAGCAAAGAAAAGACAGAGGAAUUCAGAUUUAGUGUUUGGGAAGCGUGGUCAGGCGCGCAAUUUAGACAUUUUUUCAAAUAUCACGACGAUCUUGACACAGCAACCUGAGUAUCUUCAUUUGAUAUUUUGACCAUCGAAAGAUCGAUUCGCUAACCUCGAUGCUGGACAUCUGGAGUGAAAAUGGUUUCGCUCAUAAAAAUUUUACGCUUUUUUAAUAUUUUGAAGACUGUACAGCUGUAAAAAAUUCAUACGAUGAAAAAUUUUGGAGAAAAAUUGCCAGACGAAACUACAAUUGUAGCUAGGAAAUUUUAUUUAAAUAAUGACAAUACAAUCUUUAAGAAAGGA